UCUGUGGCACUUGCACAAAUAUAAUUGAAUAGUUAAUAACAAAAGAUAAAAAUGUCUGCAUAUCCCAGUGCUUCCGCCUCCCAGUCAACUGGAACUUCAGAUCUGGACUCGGAAUCCGUGGAGGUGUUGCGGGAACGCCUCAGCACCAUGAAGCGGCUAAUGGCCGAGCGGACGGCCCAGCAACAGAACAAUCCCGCCACCACGGAGGAGAUAUUCUCCACCAAGCGCCACAGAUCGGCGGGCAUCAUCGAUGGCAACUUCCUAAGCAUUGCCUUUGGAGGAGCCCUGCUGGUGAUCAUCACGGUUUCAGUGUACGCAUUCUACAACCUCUACCAUGCCAUUCUCAAGAAGUUCCCCUCACGGCACGAGGAGCUCUAAGAAGUGUGUCGACAUUGCCAAAUGAAAUGUUCGAAUUACUCUGCAUUUAACAA